UGGCAGCAGCUUGCGGAGCGGUGCUGGUGCCUGCGGUGUGCGUGCUUCGGGACUAGCGGCGAGCUCGAGGUGUCCUCUUGCGAGGGUGUCGCGGUGCGGGGGGCCGGGGCAGCGUCCGCGGGGGAAGGAAAACGCCGGGCCUGGCCCCUCGGCUCGACCGAGGAGCGUGGACAUACUCGUCCCCCCCAUCGGUGCUAAAAGUUGGUAACCAUCCAUACCGAGUAUCUGGAACUUUGGAAGUUUUACUAUCCUAACACUACGUAAUGUAAUGUUAUGUUAAUGCUACAUCAGUGAUUGAAGUGGAAUACAAUUUACGUGAUGCCAACUGUUGAAGAUCCAAGUAGUGACCAAAACUUCAUCGCACAGUGGAUAUCCAAUAGUUCCCGGGCUGGAGUCUUAUUAGAUCCCAGUUUUAUUUGUUUGAAAACCAACAAAGAAAAUUUGUUACCUGGACCUGAGAACCUCACAGCUUUCCCUGUUGAAGAGCUGGGUCUUUCAGACAGCUGUUCUGUAAGUGAUGAUUCCUUGUGUGAAGUGUCCGGCAGCUCUCCUACAUUUCAGCACUAUGCCACUGCUGGCAUGGAAGCCUCUAAAACAAACUUCGUCCCUGAUGAAGCGCAUGGUCAGAAUAAAUCUGAUCACAGUGAUCCACUCUUACAAAAGCUUGAGCAGCUGAAGGAAUUACAACAACAGAAACAGGAGCAGCUAAAGAAACAGCAGAUGGAGCAACUUCAAAGGCUAAUGGAAGAACAGCAGAAGCUGCUUAGCAUGGUUUCUGGCCAGACAGGAGUUCUUGGCUAUACUUUGAUGACUGAAAGUCAAAAGCUAAGACCUGGGCAUUCAGCAGGCUUUGAAGACACAGUUUGUGCUCCAGCUGUUUCUCCACAUACACAAGACAGUGAUUUUUCACAAAAGUUAAGCAACAAAGAAUGCACCUCAUCUCUGAAGAAGAGUCUUUCAGGAGUGCCUGCCUGUGAGAAACAAGGUCUGAGUGUGUCUCUGAAAAUGCAGAAUUGUCUGAAAAAAGAGGAAGACCAGUAUGUUACUGGAAAAAAUGUGUGGUGUCCAGAACAAAAGGUGGAAAUAUUAAUGGAGGGUGAAGAUCAAUACAGGGAUCCAUUAUGUGUGGAAAGGACAGAUCUGUCUGAAAAUUCCGGUGGAGGAAAACAUUUUUGGACUAAUACAGAGGAAAGACCUAUUAAAGCUGCGAUUCAGGAGAAGAAACAGACAUUUGAGGAAUUCUUGGAAGAACAGAUACAACUGGAAGAGCAGCGCCUGGAGCAAAACCAGAAGUUAGAGGAGACAAAUGGAUCAGUUAUUCAGAAACCAGUGAUCAGGCGACCCUUCCUGAAAAGAGGAGAAGGCUUAGCAAGAUUCACUAAUGCCAAAUCUAAAAUUACAAAACUUGGAGAAAACACCCCAAAAGUUGAACAAAGGGCUUCAGAUGACAGAAAUGUUAUUAGAGUGGACAGAUCACAAACACUGAAGAAAAUUUUGCCUCCUGGGAUAAAAGAGGUUUCUGAGAAGCGUUUUGCACCAUCCAAGAAACAUAAGCACCCUGUUAAAGCAAAACGUCCUACUCAGAAGACCCUGAUACUUGGGAAUCACAAUGGAAAAAAUAACAUGCUGCUAGAAAAAAGAGUGCAACCAGGAAAAAAUCAUGAUGGACAGAUGAGAGACUCUUUCCCAACAGAAAUUAACAGCAGGAUAGAAAAUAAAGAGAACAUAGCAGAAUUUUCUAAGUCUGACAGUGGCAAAACUGGAAACAAAUUAUGUGGCACAGAAAAGUCUCAGUUGUCUUGUGAGCUGCCCAGUGCCUUUUCUAAUCCAGAAUGUCUCGUGGGUCACUCUGUAAAAGAUUCAGAACUCUCUUUUGAAGUUUCUUUUCAGAAUAAGCUGGAAAACUGGGAAAAAGAACAAGAAAAAGAAAAUCUAGAAUUAGAUGAAUUUUUGUUUCUAGAACAAGCUGCAGAUGAAAUGUCUUUCUCAAGUAAUUCCUCAUUUGUUCAGAGGCUCUUAGAUCAAGAUCAACAAAUUUUAACGGGCCGUAGAAUGUCUUCUACCCCUAUCAAGGCAAAGCAGCAGCAAGUAAAGGCACUGGCUGUUGAACUUGGAAAUAAGAGUAAUAAAAAGGCAGACUGUGUGACACAGGGAAAUACAAAGGACAGAACAGUUAUGCAUGCAGUCUCAAAUUCAGGAACAGCUGUAAGAAUGAAGGAUCCACUGAAUAAAAUGGACAGUAGAAUAUUGUCAGCUCCUUGUGUGACAGCGGCUCCUGCUUUAAAAAGUAAUCAAUGGACUAUAAAUGAAGAUAAGGGUGAGGGUAAUAGUGAUUCUACUACAGAUUCUGAGAGUGAACUUGACAGCACAUUAAAGCAUGAAAAUGAAGAUACUAAGGCAUCUUUUAUGAGCCAUAGAGAAAAUGAUCCAGAAUCUCUUGAUUGUGAAGGUCCUGUUACAGACAUCAGCAAAGAAAGUGAAAAUGGAGAUGCUGACCUCGGCUUGCCAGACAAAGAUCACAGUGCACUGUCAAAGAACACACUUAGAAAAUCUUCAGACCACCAGAGUAGCAUGCCUUGUAUGAGUAGGAGUAAGUUUGAGUUUGAUGAUGAAAGAACAUGGAGUGAUCUCGAUGAAAAUUAUGUUAACAGUGAUUUACCUGAAAAAUGUAAUAAAAUGCCUUUACAGAUGGACUUUUCCACUAAGAAUGAUACAGCUGUCCCAGAUAGAGCAAUAAAGAGAAAAGUUGCCUCAAAGAGGGGAGAUGAAGCAUCCAAAGACUCUGCAGUGGACAGUGAUUUGAAUGGACCUCCUGUAUCAAACUUGAUGACAAAACUCUUUCCUUCACUGAAACCAAAACUGAAGGCAGGCUGUCAUUCAGAGCAUGAAAUCAAAUCAAAUGUGGACCAGGAGCCAGGAGGUGAAAAAACAGCAAUUGGAAACACUGUUCCAUCCCAGAUACUGAGAGAGAGAAUCAUUGAACUGGAAACUGAAAUAGAGAGAUUCAGAGCUGAAAACGCGACUCUUGCUAGGCUCCGUGAAGAAAGAGAGCGUGCCUUGGCAAAUAUCAGGAAAGAAAUUGCAGACUUUCAACAGCAGAAAGCUCAAGAACUGGCUGACAUAGAGGAGUAUAAAAAAAAGGCAAUGAAAAAACUGCAAAAGGAGCGUAGAGUUUUUGAAAAAUACACCACAGAAGCUAGAGCAAUUCCAGAUAAAAAAGAACGAGAUGAAAUCCAGGCUUUAAAGCAGCAGAUUGCAGAGUUACAGGAUGAGUUGAAGCGAAAAGAGGCAAAAUGGUCAACCACCCAUCGACGCCUGAAAGAUCAAAUAGAAGCUUUAGUAGAAGAGAAUAUGGAGCUCAAAGAGGAAGUAAAAAUUAUGGAGAGGUUUCGUCUAGAAUCCUGGAAGAAAGCAGAAGCUGCUGGAAGCAAGAGGAAAACAGAAAAUUCUGGGACGACUCUAAAAAGAGCAGAGUCUUGUCUACCAAGUACAGGCCCCAGAAGUCAAACUGCAUCUCCUCUUCCUACAGUACAGAAAUGCAGCAAGCUAAAUGGCAGAAGUUACUCACAGGCAAAAGGAAAGCUUUCUAAAACACCAGCCUUGGGACCUGUGAGUAAUGGAAACAACUCUGAGACAAUGACAGCACUAGAAAACUCUUCCAGGACUUUUAUGGGAGAUGGUUCUACUAAUGAAGCUCACGUGUCACUAUUGCCUGGACCUGCAUAUACAGCUGGUGAAGAGAUAGAAAGAGAGACUACUUACCCUGAUGGGAAGGUCGAAAAGGUCUUGAAAAAUGGCUGUCACCUCGUAUUUUUCCCUAAUGGCACAUGGAAAAAAGUGGGUUCUGAUGGGAAGACCAUCACUGUAACGUUCUUCAAUGGGGAUGUGAAGCAGAUGAUGCCCGAUGGCACAGUGAUUUAUUAUUAUGCUGACUCUAAGACUACACAUACUACAUACUCUGAUGGGUUAGAGGUUCUGCAGUUUUCAAAUGGACAAAUAGAGAAGCAUUAUCCUGAUGGCAAGAAAGAAAUUACCUUCCCUGAUCAAACUAUUAAAAACUUAUUUGCGGAUGGGCAAGAAGAAAGUAUCUUUCCAGAUGGGACUAUUGUUCGUAUUCAGCGAGAUGGAAGCAAAAGCAUAGAGUUCAAUAAUGGACAGAGAGAACUACAUACAUCACAGUUCAAGAGACGGGAGUAUCCAGAUGGGACCGUCAAGACUGUGUACAUGAAUGGACAGCAGGAAACAAAGUAUGUCUCUGGGAGAGUCAGAGUAAAGGACAAGGAUGGUAAUGUUAUCAUGGACACAAAGGUGUAGAUAAAGGCAAAAGUAAUGUAAAUUUCUGUAAAUGAGGCUUUGUAAACAAGGCUUUAAGCUUGUGUAUAUAUUGUUUAUAGUUUGUCCUCAAAUAAAUUUUUCAGUGGGUCUUAAUA